CAUUGAUUCCUACACCUUGUCCCCAUGUCUAGUCAAAAAGCUUCUUUCAUCAACUCCGGCUCACUUAAAAUUACCUCUCUCUCCUCUCCAUCAUCAUCUCAGAGAUUGCUCCAAUAACACAUAGAUUUGGUGACCAGAACAACUAUUACUUGCAGUGGUUCAACCUCUCUCUCUUUUCUCUCUCUCUCUCUCUCUCUCUCUCUUUCUAUUAUGAAUACGCAUAUCCAUAUGCAAUGAUAAGAGAGGCUGACACCUAAAACUAAGAAACCAUGACUUUCAACCGAAGCAACCUCUUCUCAUUAUUCCUCCUCCUCCACCUUCUAGUCCCCACACAAGUCCAAGCUCUCAACACUGAUGGUGUUCUUCUUCUAUCUUUCAAAUACUCUAUCCUCAGUGACCCUCUCUCUGUUCUACGCAACUGGAACUAUGAUGAUAAAACACCAUGCUUGUGGACAGGUGUAACAUGCACAGAGCUUGGGAAGCCCAGCACACCAGACAUGUUCAGAGUCACAAGCUUGGUACUUCCCAACAAACACCUUCUUGGCUCCAUCACUCCGGACUUGUUCUCCAUUCCGCAUCUAAGGAUCUUGGAUCUGUCCAGCAACUUCUUCAACGGGUCACUCCCGGACUCGGUCUUCAACGCUACUGAGCUUAGUGUUAUCUCCCUUGGAAGCAAUAAUCUCUCUGGCGAUUUGCCUACGAGUAUCAACAGCGUGACAAACCUCCAGCUCUUGAACCUCUCAGCCAACGCCUUUACCGGAAAAAUACCGCUCAGCCUCUCACUUCUGAAGAAUCUAACGGUCGUUUCCUUAUCAAAGAACUCCUUCUCAGGCGAUAUUCCAGGUGGUUUCGAAGCAGCACAGGUUCUUGAUCUCUCUUCAAACCUUCUGAACGGCUCUCUUCCUCCGGACUUGGGAGGGAGAAGCAUGCAUUACUUGAGCUUAUCACACAACAAACUCUCCGGCGUGAUUCCUCCAGGGUUUGCAGAGAAGUUUCCAGCAAACGCUACAGUCGAUCUCUCCUUCAACAACCUAACAGGCCCAAUCCCAAGCUCCCUUUCUCUACUCAACCAAAAGGCAGAGUCUUUCUCCGGUAAUCCAGAGUUAUGUGGGAAGCCACUGAAGACCCUUUGUUCAAUACCUUCAACUCUUUCAAACCCUCCAAACAUACCUGAAAACACUUCACCUGCGAUAGCCGUCAAGCCCGAAUCAGCUCCUCCAACAAACUCUUCAACAGAAUCACCAAACCAAACGGUGAAAAGCAAGCUGAAGCCAAGCACCAUCGCCGGAAUCAUCGUCGCAGACAUAGUUGGUCUAGCGAUCAUAGCUCUCUUCGUGCUCUACGUUCACCAAGUCAGGAAACGAAGAAGGUCCCCAGACUCCAGCACACUCAGCCUAUUCACAAUCUGUCUUGACAAAAACGAAGCCAAGAAAUCAAAACCAAGCGUCGUCGAGGAGGUCAACGUCACGGAAUCACCAGACGCUAAAACGGCUUGUGGCUCUUCGUGCAUAAACGGAGGAAGGUACGACGAGACGUCGACAUCAGAGAGUGACGACGCAGAGAACCAGCAAACAGUCAAGGCAUUCGAUCGAACAGAUGGUGGGCGACUGAAACAGAGCGCUCAGAGUCGACUAGUCACAGUCGACGGCGAGACUCGUUUGGAUUUGGACACUCUGCUAAAGGCGUCGGCUUACGUGUUGGGAACAAACGGAGCCGGAAUCGUGUACAAGGCCGUUCUGGAAAACGGCACGGCGUUCGCGGUGCGGCGGAUCGAGACGGAGAGCUGUGCGACGGCGAAAGUUAAGGAAUUUGAGCGGGAGGUUCGUGCUAUAGCUAAGCUUCGGCACCCGAAUCUCGUCAGGGUUCGUGGGUUCUGCUGGGGAAACGACGAGAAGCUUCUCAUCUCAGACUAUGUUCCCAAUGGCAGCCUCCUUGGCUCCUUAACCGCAACGAAGACAAGCGCAAGCUCAUCUACACCAUCUAUGCAACACCCACUUUCUUUCGAGGCACGGGUCAAGAUAGCUAAAGGAAUGGCACGAGGACUAUCUUACAUCAACGAGAAGAAACACGUGCACGGUAACAUCAAGCCCAAUAACAUUCUCUUGAACUCUGAGAACGAGCCCAUCAUCACCGAUCUGGGCCUAGAACGCCUCAUGACACCGGCGCGUGAGCCUCCUCACACCAACGGACCAACGUCGAGCUCACCGUGCUACCAGCCACCGGAACGGUGUACAAGCGAGAAGCCAAACCCUAAGUGGGACGUUUAUUCCUUCGGCGUCAUUCUACUAGAACUUCUCACAGGCAAAACGUUUUCGGUUGAUCAAGAUGUAGACCAGUGGUCAGAGUUACUCGACGGUUCUGAAGUGGAGGAGAAAUGCCGGUUCUUGAGGUUAGUCGACGGUGCAAUUAGAAGCGAUGUGGCUCGGAAUGAGGAUGCUGCAACGGUGUGUUUCAGGUUAGGGAUUGAAUGUGUGUCUUCCUUGCCUCAGAAGCGACCGUCGAUGAAAGAAACAGGCAGACAUUUAGAAUCAGCAUAUAUCUCCGAUCACACACUGAGGGUGAGUUCUGUCUUAAAAGACAUUUUCGUUUCUGAUAACAUCUCACCAAAAAUGGAAGGAAGAUCUACCACCUCCGCCGCGGAGUCACCGGAGAUCCAAUCCCAUCCUCCGAGUCAGAUCUUUAUCCUCUCCGGACAAAGCAACAUGGCCGGACGCGGCGGCGUCGUCAAGGAUCACCACCUCAACCGCUGGGUAUGGGACAAGAUCGUUCCGUCGGAAUGCGCGCCGGACUCGUCGAUCCUCCGCCUGAGCGCAGAUCUCCGAUGGGAGGAAGCGCGUGAGCCGCUCCACGCCGACAUCGACACCGGUAAAGUGUGCGGCGUAGGCCCGGGGAUGGCGUUCGCAAACGCGGUGAGGAACCGGUCGGACUCGGAUUCCGGCGACGUGAUCGGACUUGUUCCGUGCGCCGUCGGCGGGACGGCGAUAAAAGAGUGGGAGCGUGGGAGCCAUCUGUACGAGACGAUGGUUAAGAGGGCGGAGGAGAGCAGGAAACGCGGAGGAGAGAUCAAGGCGAUGCUUUGGUACCAAGGAGAGAGUGACGUGUUGGACAUCCACGACGCCGAGAGCUACGGGAGCAAUAUGAGCCGUUUGAUUAAGAACCUUCGUCAUGAUCUUAACCUUCCUUCUCUUCCCAUUAUUCAGGUGGCAAUAGCAUCGGGAGGAGGAUACAUAGAUAAGGUGAGAGAAGCGCAGUUGGGUCUGAAACUUUCUAAUGUGGUCUGUGUUGAUGCCAAAGGGUUGCAGCUAAAGCCUGAUAAUCUUCACUUAACCACUGAGGCUCAAGUGCAGCUUGGUCUCUCAUUAGCACAAGCUUACCUUUCCAAUUUCUGCUAGACUAUCAAGUCAUUCCGUGUCGAAGAAGUGAGAUGCAGUUUGAGUGAUGGCACUGAUGUACGGACUAUGUAACUCUUCCACCUAUAGAGCACGCGCUAUUAUUUUCUUUUGUCACGUUGAAGCAAUCUCCUGCUCUUUCUUUGUAAACUGUGUUUCGUAUGGACGAUCUUUUUGUUGUUGUUUCUAUUGUAUCCUUGUUUCGACCCAAACAUGGUAAUACAAAUAAAAUCGGUUUUUUUAA